CACACACGUUACCAACACCUAAUCAUCGCAGGCAUGUCAAAGACCUACACCCCAACCCCGGAAGAUAUCGCCAAACGCGAAGCCCGCAAGGCAGAAAAGGCGGCUAAAAAGGCUCAAGUGGAAGCCAAUGGAGGUGUCCCACCACCUAACCCUAACGCGCCCAAGAUCUUGAAAAGAGAAUGGGUGGAUGUCGCCGAUGCCAAGGGAGAAGAAGAGGGGAAGAAGGAAGUGAGGAGGGUGACGGUGGCUACGUGGAACAUGCUCGCUCAGACGUUAGUCCGUAGAGACCUCUUUCCCGGCUCGGAUUGCCUGAAAUUCAAGGAUCGUUCGGACAUGCUCUCGGAAGAGCUGUUGGCCUACCCCGCGGAUAUCAUAUGUUUGCAGGAAGAGGACCGCCUGACAUCGAUCCCAUUUCCGCUAGUUACCCCGACCGCGACCAACUUCCCCAACCCGACCACCGAAUCCAUCAACGAAAAAUCCAACUCGGAACCUUCAUCCUCGACCUCAACCAAACCAAAGUAUAGCGCCAUCCAAGCUCGAGGUCCAAAGAAGAAACACGGCCUAGCCAUUGUGUAUGACAAUCGAAAGCUCAAGGUGGUCGAUCAGGGGGAGAGAGUCGUCAGGUAUGAUGAAGAGUUCAUCAGCAAAAGAUCCGAGGGCGACCAAGAUCAAGAGGAGUCUUUGGAUCAAGAAAGGAGGAGGAGGGGAGGAACGAGACAGACAAAGAAUAUCGGUUUGGUCGUAGGGUUGGAGUUUAGGGAUCGGCCUGGGAAGGGGGUUAUCGUCGGUACGACUCAUCUGUUCUGGCACCCGCAAUACGCCUACGAACGGACCCGCCAAGCCCUUCUCCUUCUCCGCACUCUCCUCUCCUACCGCGUCUCUCUCAGCACCGGCGUCGACGGAGAAUGCGACUGGCCGAUCAUCGUAGCAGGAGACUUCAAUACACAGCCGAAAGAAGCGGUCUACCACCUCUUGACCCAUCCGACUAUCGAUCUUGGGGCAAGGGAGAAGGAGGAAGUGGCGUUCAGCCGGGCUGUACACGAUAGUCUGGCAAAGGUUGAGCAAGGGAUCUUGGAAGAUCGGAAGAAGAAAGAUGAAGCGAACGGAACCGAGAGCAAGCCUGAAGGUCAAGGUGAGGAUGGCGAUGGGGAAGGCGAAGCCGAGGACGAAGACGACGAAAAGGAAGAACCCGCCAGUAAAGACCAACCCAUCCCCACCGAUCGCCCGAAAGGCACCCGACAUUCGGACCCCUCGGACGGUCUACUCGUCGCAGAGGAGCUGCAAACCAUGGCCAAGGAGCUUUUGGGUAACAAAGGCCUGAGGAGCGCUUAUGCGGAUAGCAAUUGGCUCGGUGCAGGCGAACAGGGGGAGAAGAGAAAGGGUCUGACUUUUGCUGGACGCGGCGGGGAGGCAGAGUUUGGAGACAACGAGCCGGCUUGGACGUCGUUUACCCCUCUCUGGCGUCUGACACUGGACUACCUGUUCGACUUUCCGCCACCUACAGCAUCUGCGCCAAUGAUCCGACCCCGUCGUUUGCUUCUCCCGCACAAGACGGAAGACCUCGAGCCGGGUUUACCGAGAAAGGGGGUAUGCGCUUCGGAUCAUACGUUGUUGGGCGUCGAGUAUGCCUUUUACGAGUAGUAUAUAUGAAGGGGUUCUGGUAGAUGCAUAGAUGCAUGGUAUUGGUUGUGUCAGCCGUUUAGCUGGAGCAACGAUGACGAUCAAGUGUUCCAGGUCCUCUGGAGAUGCAGAACGUUCUUUGUGAAUCCUUGCUGCUACACAAACAAGCGCUGA